UUUCUGUCGCGUGCCCUAAAUCCCCCAAGUAAAAGUUUGUACUUAAUUCUUUUUCCUUUUACUUUGAAAAUUUGCCCCCAAAUUUCCCAUUUCCAACAACACCAAAUGUUUGAGGACGACGAGAGGCAGCAAUCUCCGCCGUCGAAUCUUCUUCCCUAAUAGAAAAACUAUAAACUCUUUUUUGCGUGUGUAUGAAUUAAAUUUUUUUGUCAAUAAAUGAAAUUCUUUGAAGAUAAUACAAUCUUUUAUAAAAAUUUAUUUCCGAAUUAGGGCUCUUGAUUUCUUUCUCUGUCAGCAAAUUGGUCGAAUUUUAUUUUUGUUUUUAUUUAAAGUUGAAGGAAAAGCAUAGCAUUUGGCGUACAAGUGAUAACUCACAAUUUUCUUAUGUAUUUAGUUCCCUACUUUUUAAGCCAACCAUUUUGCUUCAGAAUCUCUUUGCGUUGGGAACCUUUUCAAAGUUCUUAUGCUUUUUUGGCCUCUGAUAUUUGCCCAGCCAAGUCAGUAUAUCAAUACCCUUCUGGUGCCCAAAGAUGGUGAAAUUCCCAUAGACAUCCAAAGUUUAUCUUCACAAGGAAUCUUUGACGUGGUCAUUGUUAACUCCAUACAUGACCUAAAAGUGGGCACAAUUUUUGAUCCAGUCUCAUUGAUAAAUGCUCUUGGCAAUGUGUUUGGGGUGGAAUUGAGCAAAGGCUUGAACUGUGAUUUCGAGUUGAGUUAUGCAUUGGCUUUCUCAAACGUUCUCGCCAAAGAAAAGGAAAUUACAAGGAACAAGCGUUCAAGAUCCAAGGAAGUUCUCUUCCUCGGGAACUUGAGGAAGUACUUGAAGCAACACACCUGUGGAGUUCCAACGAUGUAUGGUUCCGCUUUUGCAUGA